UGGUGUGCAACAAUCCCCGGUCUGGUGUAGCUGUUUUCUCCCCAUUUAUCUGCUCAUCUUCUUGCAGCAAAUGACCUCAGAAGAAAAAGCCAAUCAUUUUGAAUCAUCUGAUGAUGACUUGGAUGAAGAUGAAGCGACCCAAUAUAUAAUAGAGCAAAGUUUAUUUGAAUAUCGAAAGCUGAAAGGAUUGAAUCCAAGUGAACUGAAAGUAAGUCAAGACCCUGAUGAGAUUUUCAAAGCAAUCAAGAAGGGUGAUGAGGAUGCACUUCAGCAACUAACAGCCCACCCAGAGAUUCUAUCUAGAGUUAAUGAACAUGGAUGGAUUCCUCUGCAUGAAGCUGCAGUACAGGAGAGUAAACACAUACUUGAAAUCAUCUUUUCAGCAUCUCCUUCAGGGACAGCCCAGUGCCGCACACUUAAGGGAGAGACCCCAUUGUUUUUAGCUGUAGUUUACGGCCGCAGACAGAAUGCCACAUUUUUGUUACAGAAUGGAUGUAAUCCUAAUCUCCAGGACGAUGAGCAGGAUUCUCCUUUAGUGGCAGCUAUUCUUAAUGACCAAUAUGACCUGGCAACACUACUGCUUCGCUACAAUGCUCAAGUGGAUCAGAUAGGGCCUCUUAACAGGACGGCACUACACGAGGCUGCCUUUCUAGGCCUGGAGAUUUUUGUCUAUCUGCUUCUUGAGUCUGGUGCCAACCCGAAUGCAUGUGACACUAAAAGGAAAACUCCACUGGCUCUGGCUGCACAAAAUGGACAUUUUAGUGUGGUUGAGUUACUGUUGCAGAAAGGUGCAAACGUGGAGUGUGAAUCAGAGUCCGGCACGGUCUUGUUUGAUGCAGCAGCAUCAGGAAACCCUGACAUAAUCUCCUUGUUGCUGGAUCAUGGAGCGGAUGCUAACGUGCCUUUGCACAGUGGCCACCUGCCCAUUCACCGUGUGGCAUAUCAUGGACACAUACUGGCACUGCAGCACCUUAUCCCAGUGACCAAACCUUGCGCUAUAAAGGAGAGUGGCAUGAGUCCGCUUCACUCUGCAGCCGCUGGAGGGCACUCUCAUUGUGUGGAAUUGCUACUCAAAGCUGGCUUUGACCCAAACUUAAUGCUGCAUCCGAGAGUGCGACGCAAAUACGAUGACGAACGCAAGUCUGCACUUUUUUUCGCCGUGUCCAACAAUGAUCUUCAAUCCACCCGUUUGCUUUUGGAGGCCGGGGCUAUGGUGAACCAGGACCCAAUCAGUUGUUUGCAGGUGGCUCUUAGACACGGCAAUUAUGAGCUCAUCAAUACCUUGCUGAGAUUUGGGGCAAAUGUGAAUUACUACUCCAGAGUCAACACCACCCAUUUUCCCUCAGCACUGCAGUAUGCAAUAAACGAUGAGGUCAUGUUGAGAAUGAUUCUGAAUUAUGGCUACGAUGUGAAGCGUUGCUUUGACUGUCCCUAUGGUGACAGUUGCCACAACUUUGCUCCCUGGACAACACCUGUCAUCAAAGAUAUGGUGUUCUGUGAGGUGAUAACUGUGUCCUGGCUUAGGCACUUAUCUGCUCAGGUGGUGCGGAUCAUGCUCGACUACACCGAUCAUGUCUCCCUUUGUGCCAAGCUCGGAGAGGCUUUACAGAAGCAGACACAAUGGCUGGAGAUUUGCCACAUUCAAAGAAAUGCACGAAACUUAAAGCACCUGUGCCGGCUGCAGCUUCGGGAGCAUCUUCAUUGCCUAGGCUUGAGAGCUUCAAUUUUUAUCAACUUCCUCCCGCUUCCAACCACCCUGAAAGAGUACCUAUGUUACAAGGAGUUUGAUGUGUACACCAGGGGCAGCGUAGCUAUUUGAUAACAUACUAUACACGGUAUCAAAUCAUUUUGUAUUUUAUUUACAUUAUACUAUUGUAUUAAGCUGCAUGUAUUCAAAUUUCCAGUGAACUUUGUAGAAAAACUAACUUGCAUUAAAAAACAUGGUCACAUACUCAAAACCUUGCAUAUCAUUGUGGCCCCUCCAGUAAAAAGGGAUCCGUCCACUCCUGUGCUUUGUUGACCGUGUUCUGGAACAGAUCUCAGAGGAAUUUUGACAACAAUUAAACUACACACUUGCCCAA